ACCACGCAAUUCCUAAGGCGGCGACUGAUCUCCUCACAAUCCGGAGACACUGAACUCUGAACAAACCGCACGCUUUCGCCCUCGACGAGACUGAUUCUGCAGCUACCGACCCGUUCGAAACUCCACAAGCGACUUACGUCAUGUCUUCCGCAGACGAGCUCAAGGCUCUGGGCAACAAGGCUAUUGCCGAGAAGAACUUCGACGAGGCUGUCGACAAGUUCACCCAGGCCAUUGCCCUACAACCCGAGAACCACAUCCUCUUCAGCAACCGAUCUGCAGCCUACGCCUCCAAGAAGGACUGGACAAAUGCUCUUCAUGAUGCUGAGCAAACGACACAGAUUAAGCCCGACUGGGCCAAGGGCUGGGGGCGAAAAGGUGCUGCCCUGCACGGAAAGGGUGACCUGCUCGGGGCCAAUGAUGCGUACGAGGAGGGUCUGAAGCUCGAUGCCAACAACGCUCAGCUUAAGAACGGCCUGGCCUCGGUCCAGAAAGCCAUGGAGGCCGAAGUUGGUGGCGGCGUUCCCGGCAACGGAGCUGACCCCAUGGGCGGCCUCGGCCAGAUGUUCAACGAUCCCAACCUGAUCCAGAAGCUCGCUUCGAACCCCAAGACCAGCUCGUUCCUCGGCGACCCCGCUUUCAUGGCGAAGCUCCAGGCUGUGAAGAACAACCCUCAAGACGGCGAGAUGCUCUUCUCCGACCCACGGAUGUUGACGGUGAUGGGUGUGUUGAUGGGCGUGGAUAUGGAGCUUAGGGAGAGCGACCCGAACGCUCCCCAGGACUCGCCGAUGCCCGAUGCCCCCUCCGAGCCUAAGAGGCCCGAGCCGACUCAGAGGGCCCCCGCUCCUGAACCCCGGGUUGUGGAGGAGGUGGAAGAGGAGGUAGAUGAGGAAGCUCUUGAGAAGAAGAAGGCCAAGGAGGCCGCCGACAAGGAGAAGGCGCUGGGAACCGAGAACUACAAGAAGCGCAACUUUGACGACGCUAUUGCGCACUACGCCAAGGCGUGGGAACUGUACAAGGACAUCACCUACCUGAACAACCUGGGCGCCGCCUACUUUGAGAAGGGAGACUUUGACAAGUGUAUCGAGUCAUGCACCCAGGCUAUCGAGGAGGGUCGCGAGAUCUACGCUGACUUCAAGGUCAUCGCAAAGAGCUACGCCCGUAUCGGAACUGCCUACGAGCGCAAGGGAGAUCUGGCCCUGGCCGUGGAAAACUACAACAAGUCACUGACGGAACACCGCACACCCGAGGUCCUUAACAAGCUCCGCGCUGCCGAGCGAGCUAAGACUGAGGCUGCGCGCACGGCUUACGUCGACCCUGCCAAGGCUGAGGAGGCCCGUGAGGAGGGAAACAAGAAGUUCAAGGAGAUGGACUUCCCCGGCGCCGUUGCGGCGUACUCGGAGAUGAUCAAGCGAGCCCCUAAGGAUCCCCGAGGCUACAGCAACCGAGCCGCGGCCUUUGUCAAGCUCUUCGAGUUCCCCAGCGCGGUGGAUGACUGCAACGCCGCUAUCAAGCAGGAUCCUUCCUUCAUCCGAGCGUACAUCCGCAAGGCUCAAGCUUACUUCGGCAUGCGCAAGUACUCGGACUGCGUGGAUGCCUGCACCGAGGCACAGGAGGUUGACCAAGAGCACCACAACGGCGCCAACGCCCGGGAGAUUGAGACACAGCAGCAGAAGGCUUUCUCAGCCAUGUACUCCGCCCGUGACAACGAGACGGAGGAGCAGACUCGGGAGCGAUUGAUGAACGACCCCGAGAUCAUGAGUGUUAUGCAAGACCCCGUGAUGCAGUCAAUUCUGCAGCAGGCUCAAUCUGAUCCCGCUGCUCUCCAGGAGCAUAUGAGAAACCCCCAGGUGCGGUCCAAGAUCCAGAAGCUGAUGGCUGCUGGUGUGAUCCGCGUUGGCCGAUAAAAGGCAGCUGGCGGAGACUUUGCCUUUUCAUGGUUGGAAACGAGUGAAGGGAAAUAGCGAGGAUGGGUCUUUGAAGGUGCUUCCGCGGAGUUGCACGGGAAACGAGGGACGUGGAUUUGUGAGAUUACGAGUUGAAAUUGGCGAACCUCUGAGAACCCUUGGCGUGUACAUAAUAACAGGUGGAUGGUUGCUAAUGAGAAAUGAACCCAUUCAAGCCACGGUAACAUUUACGCGACUUUGUGUGUGUGUGGAUGCGGCGCCGGAUGGAGUUGACCAGCAGCGGAAUGCAGCGGCGAGCAGC